AUGUCUUUUGGAUGGAGCGCCGGAGACAUCGCCAGCGCCGUCAAACUUAUUGUCUCUAUAGUCUCCUGCCUUCGCAGCACCAGCGGUGCUCGGGAGCAGUUCCAGGAACUUGAGUCCGAGCUGGUCGGCCUUCAGCGUGCGCUUAUACAAAUCGACCUUCUGGCAAACUCAGCCACGCCUCCCCAUGAGGUCCAAGCGCUCAAAUUCAUAUCUCUCAGUUGUUGCGAAACGCUCCAGCGCUUUCACACGAAGAUUAAACCCUUCGAGGACAGCCUUGGCACACAGAGUCAAAUGUCAAAAUUGAAAGCAGCACCAAGGAUGGUAAGGUGGGAGUUGCUUGUGAAAAAAGACCUGCCGGAGCUCAGGCAAUACUUGAUGGCGCACGUAGGCUAUAUCAACCUGGAAUUGAGUACUGCUUCGUUGUGCGUCCUUAAGAAUAUUCAAAUCUAG